AUGUUUAUAAAAAAAUAUAUAUAAUAGAUAUUAUUGUUAAUAAUUUAAUUAAAAAUAAAAAAAUAAAGACUUAUAAAAUAUAUAUUAAAUAAAAUUAAAUUAUAUAAUAUAUCAAUAUAGUUUUUAUUUAUUUUUGAUAUAUAUUAAUUUAUUUUUAUGGUUUAUCAAUAUAAACUAAUUAUUAUAAUAAAAUAAUACUAAAAUAAAUUAAUUAUGAUUGAAAAAACAUCAAAUUAUAAUAAUUUUUAAAAAAAUAAAAAAAAAUUUCAUUGGCGGAUUUAAGCAAAGCUUUUUAAGAGAAAAUUUAAAAUCCAAUUUAAAAUAUAAAAGUUAUUGCAACAAAUGUAAUAAUUUAUUAUUCUUAAAAAAAUAAAUAUCUAUAUAUAUAAAUAUUUAUACACAUAUAUUUAUAAUUAUUAAAUUAAAAAUAAAUUAACUUUAAUUUUUAAUCUUUGUAUGUUUAUUAUAGUUUACUAAAGUUUCUAAAGUUAUAAAAACAUCAAAAGGAAGAGAUAAAAUUUGCUAAAUAGUCUAAUAUACAUCAGAUUUUUACCAUUCAUGUUGUCAAAACAGCAAUAUAAAAUAUAUUUAAUAAACAUAUUUAAAUAAUGACUUAAAAAGUUCUAUUGUAGCUAAUAAUGUUAAAAAUUCAAUUAAAAAUGGGAGAAAAAUAUUCAAGCUUUUAAAUUUUAUAUUAGAGUUUAAAAGAAUCUAAAUGAUUCUUUUAAAAAAUAAACCUUCAUUAUAUAAAUUUUUAUUAAUAAUAACUAGAAUAACUAACUUCUUCUAUUUUGUAUGUGAUAAUUUAUUAUGGGCAGCUAA